AGACAAAGUGACAGAGGGAGAGAGAGAAAACAGAAAAGAAAAUAGUAGAACAAGUACAUUGAUAGAAGCUAAGCCAAAGAUCUCUGCUAGCAACUGCUAACAGAAGACACAGUGAGACAGAGUUAAAGAGAGAAAGAAAUAUAAAGAUUUCGUGCUGUGUGGUAUUCACUUUGUAUUCUCGGUUUCUUAAAGACUAGCAUCAACGGUUGCUCUCUGUACUGCAAAAGUACCUCUCUCCCUAAUUCACUCUUUCAGGUGCUCCUUUUUUGUCAGAUCCCGCUUCUCAAAGCCCAGGAAUCAAGCUUCAAGAACCAACUACCUUGGCUCACUCUUCCUUCGUUGUAUCCAACUCAAAGUUUCCCUUUUGAGAUAGUGGCACUAUUUUCUUUAUUAGGUUCUUUCUGUGUGUUGCCUAUUCCUACGGAUAAAGCCACAUUUAAUAAGUUGUUUAGGUGAGCGAGUGAGAGAGAGAGAGAUAAGAUUGUGUGACAAUUAAGGCACUGACUGACAAUAUUGGAAUUGUGUGUGACUUUUACGAGUCCAAUGCACUACAACUCUACACAGAUUGUAACUUACUUGGCAAAGCUGUAACAGACGGCCAAGCCAAUAAAAGAGUCGUAGUUCUAUUACCCUUCACUCAUUUUUGUUUCUUCAAAAGGCGAAAAAACGAGAUAAAGCCCAAUUUCUAUGCUGCUCGAGCAGUUAAAGAAGGCAGCUGAUUGCGGACUGUCACACAUUUGUCAUUAAAGUGUUGCUGGCUCACUCUUCUUUUCACAGUAUAAAUUACCUACUAGUUGUGACUGACCUCUCAAGCACAAAGCCACAAAGACUGAGAUUUGGGAUCUAUUUGUUGAGUCUGUAAAAAAUGUUGCCUCAGAAGCAAGCAGAGGAAGCCAUGGUCUCAAGCUCCAACUUGACUCAACAUGAUGACAGGGACGAAGAGAUGCCAAAUGAGUCUGGUUUGGGGCUCAAAAGCCUUCUCUGGCAUGGUGGUUCUGUCUAUGAUGCCUGGUUCAGCUGUGCAUCCAAUCAAGUUGCUCAGGUUCUGUUAACACUGCCAUACUCUUUCUCUCAAAUGGGUAUGCUUUCAGGGAUUUUACUGCAAAUCUUCUAUGGUAUGAUGGGAAGCUGGACUGCUUACCUGAUCAGUAUCCUAUACGUUGAGUACCGGAGCCGAAAGGAAAAAGAGAAUGUCAGCUUCAAGAACCAUGUUAUCCAGUGGUUUGAAGUGCUUGAUGGUUUAUUGGGUCCGUACUGGAAAGCCGUUGGGUUGGCCUUCAACUGUACCUUUCUCCUAUUUGGUUCUGUUAUUCAGCUUAUAGCUUGUGCAAGUAACAUAUACUACAUAGAUGACCAUUUAGACAAGAGGACAUGGACUUAUAUCUUUGGAGCCUGCUGUGCCACCACAGUGUUCAUACCCUCAUUCCACAACUACAGGAUUUGGUCCUUUCUUGGGCUUGGAAUGACCACCUAUACAGCUUGGUAUAUCACUGUUGCAGCCCUUGCUAAUGGCCAGGUUGAGGGUGUAACACACUCUGGCCCAAAAAAGUUGGUUUUGUAUUUCACAGGCGCUACCAAUAUACUGUACACUUUCGGCGGGCACGCCGUCACUGUGGAAAUCAUGCAUGCAAUGUGGAAGCCUCAGAAAUUCAAGUACAUAUAUCUCAUUGCCACUCUCUAUGUAUUCACCCUUACUCUUCCAUCUUCUGCUGCUAUGUAUUGGGCCUAUGGUGACCAACUCCUCACCCAUGCCAACGCCUUCGCUCUCCUUCCCCGGAAUGCAUGGCGUGAUGCUGCAGUCAUUUUGAUGCUCAUUCACCAGUUCAUAACAUUUGGGUUCGCUUGUACGCCAUUGUAUUUCGUGUGGGAGAAAGUUAUAGGAAUGCAUGACACAAAGAGCAUAUUUUUGAGAGCACUGGUGCGGUUGCCUGUGGUGAUACCAAUAUGGUUCUUGGCCAUUAUAUUUCCUUUCUUUGGUCCAAUUAACUCGGCUGUGGGGGCUCUUUUGGUCAGCUUCACCGUCUACAUCAUCCCCUCUUUAGCACAUAUGUUAACUUUCAGAUCUGCCUCAGCCAGACAGAAUGCGGCUGAGAAGCUUCCAUUUUUCCUCCCUAGCUGGACGGCCGUGUAUGUGGUGAACACAUUUAUAGUGAUAUGGGUGCUGGUAAUUGGCUUUGGAUUUGGAGGAUGGGCUAGCGUGACCAAUUUCAUCAGGCAGGUUGACACUUUUGGACUCUUUGCCAAGUGCUAUCAGUGCCCCGUCCGAGCCCCAACUGGAAGUCACUAAUGCCACUCAUGUAUUAUAUACAUAAGGAGCAUCAGCAUUUCCCCCUAAUGUGGUGUGCUGUGUUUUCCCCUUCUUUUUGUUUAACCUACAGUGUUGUGAAUGGUGAUGUUUCUUUAGUAAUUUUGAUUCCUUCUCUUUUAAUAAGUGAAGAUAUGUUCAAAAGAUGCCAAGGGAAUGCAAAGAAAGUACAUUUAUAUUU